AAAGUAGUUGUGGUCUUCCUUCCUCUGCCGUCUCUGUGAGUCAUCAAUUUCCGGAGCUUUUUCCAUCGGAGGAGAUGCAAUUUCGAAGCUGGGAAUGGCAUCUUUCAGCUGCCUGAACAUUGGGUUAGCCGUAGUUUUGGGGUUCCUCUUCAUGGGCAUAAUUGCAGAGCUUUACUAUCUUCUAUGCCGGAAGAAGAAAAUAAUCAAUACUACACAGGUUGAAGACGACCAAACUAAAUCCACCAUAAACCCACCUGAGAUCCGCCAUGGAUUGGAGCUUGAGCUCGCAGACGAACAAGAAGAACAUGAAGAACAUGAAGAAGAGGUGAUGGGGAUUUACAAUCUGGCAGGGCAACCGAGAUUUCUGUUCACAAUCAACGAAGAAUCAAACGAAGAUUUGGAAUCAGAAGAAUCAAGAACCAGAAGGUUGAGUGACAUAAUUACAGCAAUUGAAACUCCAUAUUUCACUCCCAUGGCGUCUCCGCCAUUGAAGGCCUCUCCUUCUCCUCCUCCUCCUCUCAGCUGUUUAGACUCGUACAAACUGCAUGGGUUCAAUCCCCUGUUUGAAUCUUCGCCUCCUCCAAAGUUCAAAUUUCUUAGAGAUGCAGAGGAGAAACUCUGCAGAAGGCUAAUGGAAGAAGCCCAGAGAACAAAAAAUUCUAAUCAAUCCUUUUGUUAGCGUACUCGCUAACGCUUGUUCCUUUCUCCAAUUGAUGUGAGACCUCCCAAUCUACCCGUUUGGGGUCAGCGUCGUUAGUGGCACACCGUCUCAUGUCCACUCGUUCGAGGCUCAGUCACCUCGCUGACACAACGCCUGAUAUUUGGCUCUAGUACCAAUGUGGGACCCUCCCAAUCUACCUCUUUUGGGGCCAGCGUCCUUGAUGACAUACCUUAUGUCCACCCACCUUUUGGGCUCAGUCUUUUCGCUCACACAUUGAUUGGUGUCUGACUCUGAUACCAUUUGUAACAUCUCAAGCUCACCGCUAGUAGAUAUUGUACUCUUUAGACUUUCUCAUUCGGAUUUCUAUUCAAGGUUAUUAAACAUAUCUGCUAGAGAAAA